GAGCCGCAAACACAGGGGAUUUGUGCUUCCAUCUCGCUAACCUGCUCACUUCGAUGGUGUUACCAAGCAAAACGAUGUAUGAGACGACAACUCCAGUCACGCGGUCAAUGGGUGUCUACAACCAGUGCGGCGCGCUUCAUUCGGCCCAUCUUCAUAUUCACAGCCUUUUUUGAAUGCAGUAUGGCGACUUACGAGUUGGUCGAUCCCCGUUGGUCGGAACUUUGUCGCGUUGAGCCUUGCCUAAGUGGUAGUCCAGCCCCUACUGGUACUUAUCCCUGCACCCUAUCACUCGUAUCUAAGUAGGUACCCAGCCCCAGUCCCAUGUCUCAUCCAUCCUUUCUGCCUUUUUCAGUAUCCCGAUGGCACCCAAGCCACUCACAUUCCCAUUCCACUAAGCUCCGGACCUAACCUCAGAGCCUGAGAAUGCGGCUAGUUGAGCCGCAUUGACUUGAGCCGCCUAUUUGUACGCUUUCUGCCACCGUCCCCUCGUCCCUCAAGCUUCUCCUCCAUAUCGCCCUUUCCACAUCGUUUGUUGCAAUGCCAACUUGGUCCCGAGCACUCCAGACAACUGCGGCGCACUCCCUGCGUCAUGUCCAUUCGUCGCCUACCAUGGGAGAUAAUAUCGUACAUUGUGCAAGACCUAGAUCUGGAGGACUUUGUCAGUCUCUCCUUGUCCUGUCGGCACUUCCAGUCACUUCUCCGUGACGACAACAUAUGCAGAAUCCUCCUCGAGUCGCGGCUCCCGGCAGCCCCCGAAAGCCAGUCGGCUCGCACUACGAAGGAUUACGCGCGCGAGCUACGCAAACUAGUCAAGCGAAGGGCCGCCAUCUCGUCGGCCACACCGUACCUUGUUGCCGUGGUCGCCGACGCUUCUGAGUCAUUUGUCUAUAAUGACGGCGUCCUUUGCUAUAUGAGCGAGGGACACCUCCGAGUGCUCGACCUCAUCAACUCAGCAACUAAGGAGAUUGCUGUUGACGUCCACGAACUUUUGCGCGCUAGCCCUGACCUACAACAACCCAGGAAGGGCCAGAACCACCAGUUCAAGCUAGUGCACUACUCGCAUGGUUUUGUGACCUGCCACUACAGCCACAAAAGAUCCAUCGCUGGCUGGAUAGUUGUCAUCAAUCUAGCCAGAGGCCGCGUUUUUAGCCACGUGCUCGAAUCGGCACACAAGCUCAUUGCUCGGAAUAACCAUGAGUUUCUUUAUUAUGGCACCCACACCGACACGUCGGAUACGGGCCACCGCCGCUGGGAGAUGCGGGGCUGCGACCUCCGUGACGAGUCCUGGUUUGAGCACAAGAUUCGUCUAACCGACAUUGUGGGCUCAGAGGUCAACACAAACAUCUGCUUCGAAGUCAUUGAUGACUAUUUUUACUGCGUCGCAAACCAGGCCCUUUUUGAGCGGGAGGAGAUCGCCUGGACGUCGUACUACACUUAUCUCAGGUUCCCCGUCAACCGCUCCAAGCCCCAGAACGUUGAGACUGUCGAGCCCGAGGAGAUCUGGCGCAGACUGCACGCCGAAGGACCAAUCGAUAAUCGCUGGACCUUUUUGCACCUGGCCAAAAACGAAUCCACUGGUGCUCUGACUGUGGUUGAGGGCCGCAAGGAGUGGAUAAACGCAAGCAGCAAAAGCCGCCGGACGUACUACUCGAGCGAACUUGUCUUUGCAGACCCAAGCGAGCGAGCUCUUUCGGAAGACCAGCCUCAAGAUCCCUUGUCAGGGUCAGGUCUUGGCACGUCAUCCAGCCAUAUAGAGGACUCUCCAAAGUCGGAAACGACAGAGUCACACGCUCGAUGCCCUCACAACGUCCACCCCGGUGACGACGCCUCAACCCCUUGGGCAUUUUCUAUCAACAACUCGCUCAUGCUAUCCUACCACAUGUCAUGUCAGAGCCAUCUGGAUCUAGUGAACGACCCUUUGCCAACCGACCCUUACCAAAAUCAGAGAUUACGUCUCAGAGUUGGGUCGAGGCGCCCCCGCCUCAAGUCAGAAAUGGGGGAGCUUGAGCAUACGCCCAGGAGCCUCUCGAGCAACCCCUCAUAUCCGGAAAGCGAGAUACACAAGUUGUACAAGGCUUCCGACGUCGCCCUCUGGCCUCCAGCCCACUGGGAGCAAGAGCAUGGCACUGCGACCGUCAGCGAGCUUUACAGUAUCCUCAGCCCGCCUGGGUAUCAAGGGGACAUCUCGGCGAUUUGGGACGAGAGGUCGUUCUGCUACGCUACUGGCCAGGGCAAUCGGACCAUCGUCUUUGUGUCGUUUGAUCCGUCGAUCCGACUGCGAGGAAUCAGGCACUGGCGUGAGGCCUUCGGGCAAGGGAGCGUGGCAGGGGCUGCAGCCCGCCACGAGCCCCUAUCUCAAGGUGCAUUAUUGACACCUGGCAUGCAGGAUCAACCGAUGGAGGGCCGCCCGCGCAGCCCAGGAUCAGGCUGGGAUAAGCAAGUGCCCCCGCCAAUACCGGAUAAGGGAAAGAGCAAGGCAGUGUGCAGCCACCCCGACAGCCCAACAUUGACUUCCGGCCAUGUCACAUCGCCUGCCGCGCCUGUCUCGGAAAUAGGACCUGGUGGUGCGGCGGGAGACGGCACAGUCGCAAGCGCAGAAAGUCACGAGCUGCCGAUAUGGAUGUCGCUCGAGGAUCCGAGGUACAGGGCGAUCCAGAAGGGAUUCCACUUCGCGUCAUGAGAUCGGCGAGAGGAGGGUGAUGGUGUCGCAUUUUACUUUUUCGUUGAUGCUGCGUUGCAGGCACUGCAGUUCCUUCUCUUUGCUUUGGCGAUGGCGUAUUGGGGUCCAAGGAAUAAAGCCAGUAAUUCAUCCAUUCCUCCGACUUGCACAUUCGAUAUCAUGGACGCGUGGAGCCCCCCUUCCCGGUGGCCAUGCAGUGCCUGACACCCCCCCUCUCUUUACACCGCUGCUUUUCCUGAAGAUGAUGAAUCACUACCCCAGGUGCAGCACCCGUUGUAACUGCACCUCUCUGGCCUGGAGAACGGGGAUGAUAUCCGCGGAAAGGGCGUGGGUCGCAGUGGCGUCAGGCAAAGCUGGCCUUUACGAAGCCGGGUAGGGGCAUUGCGACCUCGGAAGUGCGAGUAAUGGGAAGGGCAAGGCCCGCCUGAAGGUUUCUUGAUGCCCUUGGUCCCCCCGUGCUUGGCGGCUCGGUACGUCGUGGCGGGGUCAGAGUAUGGGUUGACAGGAGAAAGAAACGGAAGGCAGCCUAACGUGGGGCCCUGCUGCUAAAAUACAUAAAAUCUGCCUUGCCAACAGUCCACGGGUAGUGGCCAAAUGCGGUUAGGAGGAGUAAGAAAAAUGGGCAUUUGGGAGAGGCAGGGAUCCUAGGUUUGUGGUGACUUGAUGAGGCUCU